AUGCGUGUCGACAAUCAUAUCCAUCUUCGCCAUAUCAUGCUCUACCACUUCGAAAAGGGAUGGUCUGCCGCAGAGUCGUUUCGCGAUCUCAAAGAACUUUUUGGUCAAGGAACAAUUGGACGUGCAACAGUUUAUGAAUGGUUCGAUCGUUUCAAGUCCGGUAACACAAGUGUUGAUGAUGAACCAGGAAGAGGACGGCCAUCAGAAUUCGAUGACAAGGCACUUCUGGAAGCCGUUGAAGAAGACGAAAGCCUGACAACCAGAAUGCUGGCAGAUGAAUUCAAUGUUGACCAGUCAACGAUCGUGCGCCAUCUCAAAAAGCUUGGCAAACUUCUCGGUCCCUUACAACAACCAUUUUCGGGAGCUCCACUUUUCCCACAAUCUAAUGGACAAUUGGCAGGCCUUUCUUUCCUCCUUCCUCCAAAUAGACAAUUGUCUGAUGGUGUGGACUCAUCUUUAUUACAACCAUUGCGUCAAGGUAACGUAAAAAAGCCAAAUCUAAGCGUUCUCUCGCCUCUUCCCACUCCAUAUCCACCAACUCAAACAAUUCAACCUAAAGAAACACAGCGUGAAAGCGUUGAAUUAGUACCCCCAACUAUUGAAAGGACAAAGGUAGCGACAUUGAGUCAAUCAAUAACUCGAUUAGAUCAAAAAUUCGAUGAGAAAAAGGCUGAUCAAAUGGUUGCUCAGAUGUUGCUGGAUUCUAGCGAAUUCAAAAGCAAUCCUCAAAUCGGCGUCUCAAAACAUCGCAAAGAAGAUUUGGAGAAACGAAAAGCGGGAAAAAGUGGAGAAAGAUCAAUGGAAAUGGCGCAUGGAGAAACCACUUUAACAACGACGUCUGAGAGCCAUGAUGAAAAUUCUGAGGAAAAUGCUAGAGACAUUUCUAUCAAUAAGAAAGAAAAGAGUGUGGAUAUUCAAAAGCUUUUUCAUGCUCUUGGUUUAACCACUGAUGAGAAGAAGGAAAUCGUUCAACGAGUUGAACAAUUAUUGAAAGAAGAAAUUGCUCGCAAGAUACUGGGCGAUAUGGGUGACAAGGAGAAGCCAACAACAACCGUAACUCCAAUCAUGAUCAGCAUGAAUACUGAAAGUAUUCCCAUCCACGUUGAGCCCAUACCUCUAGCAAGAAAAAGCGUUGAACCAAUAGCGGCAAUCGAUUUAAUAACAAAGUCUCCCAAACUCAUGUCAGGAUUGAUCCAUAUUCGAGAGCAAAAAGAGAUCCGUGAAAGUCAACCAAAAGCUUCAACAAUCGACAAAUCGGCUCUCGUUUCGACAAAACUCGGCACUACUCAUGAAGAGUUGAAAAAUUUAGAAGCAAUCGACAAGAAAGCAAUGCACGAGGUUUUCUAUGAGACGGAUAUCACGGGAUCAAAACCUCUUCAAACCACCGACACCCAUCUCAGCUUCAAUCGUCAAAAACAGAUGGAAGAUGGAAUCGGUAAAAUCCGAACUCGACGCAUUCACCAUGAGGAGAAUGAAGGACAAGAGGUUGACACACAAAUCCCUCCAAUUACAGCCGAACCAUUGGACCUUCGUGAAGCUGACCUAGUGACUAUGGGAAUAGACUCAGAGAUCGAUCAAGAGGAAGUGACCACUCUUGCUUCAACGACUCUUGCUACCACCACUGAAUAUGAGCCCAUGUCAAACGCAAAUUAUUUACCGGCUCGGAUCAAAAAUCAGCCGCACUUGUCGACCGCUUUUGAGAGACUAGCGAACGACUACAGGGAAAGAUUGGAGGGAACGGACAGUGUGGGCAGAUUGUUGGCCAGCUUUUACAAAGACGCUUACAUUGUUUUGAGACAACGAGAUGACAAUUCAGCACUUAGCCGUCCCCGUCGGCAUCCACAAAGAAGAAAUCAUCGAAAC